CCUUGACAUUCGGGAAAAUAAUACAAGAAAAUUCCUUGUUGUUCUAGUUUAGCUAAACACUAUUUUUUUAUUUUAGCACAUAAUUAUGAAUGUGAUAAAAUUACUUUUACCAAAAGACGAAGAUAAUAUGUUUAUUUACUUUUAAUAUUACACAGACACAUAACUUUACAUACAGAAAAAUGCGGGGAGAAUUCAUCCACCAGAUUUACAUAGCGGACGGAUUUGACCUUGACUGUGACAUGCUCAUACAGCGCUGCAUCCGGACUGACAGACUCAACUUCGAAACAUUCAGUGAGAUCUGGAAGGAUAUGAAAUUUGAUUCUCUCUACAUAGGUAGAUCGUCAGCAGUGGAAAUAGCGGAGUUGUCUGAGGAGCUAAUCCAUACUGCCAAGCAAUACAUGUUGGCAAAUGUUAGCAACUAUGAGGAAACAGUGGCUGGAGUUUUCCUUGUCUACGGUCUUCUCAGUCUACAGCCGUACAGCAACUUCGCUGUGUUGCGUCUUGUGCCUAGCGACGUGCCUAUUAUAAAGCGUAUAGAGAUGAUAGCCAGACGGGACAAGCGACGGGACGUACUAUUCAUACUAGGGUCGAUACUGAUAAAGCACGCAGCGUUCCACGCUGAACAACGCGAGAGGGGCAUCGAGCCGGUCUAUUGCAAGUACUGGAAUGGGUAUAUAGGUAUAGACAAGCUAGGGUUCCGCCCCCGGGGCUCGUUCCACCGCCAGACUGAGGAGCUGGACGUGAUCCGCGAGCUGUCGGGCCUCACCGACCGCUACGAGAGUGCCAAGAAAGCUGUCACAGGGGGCAGGCUGGACCCGAGCCUGUCGUUCAUCAACACGAGGCUGCCGAGCGAGCUGGACUGCUCGCUCAAAAAGCUCAUCAGCGGCGUGACGGGAAAUGAGGAGGAGGACGAUAUAAACGAAGCCGACGUGCACUACUCAUCCGUGCAACAGAUAAAGGACAAAGCAAUGAGGAAGGCGGUGGGGGGUAUGAAGCAUCUUACAUCGGCCGUUGACAGAACAACAAAAGCGUCAGAAAUGAAGACAGUCUCCGAGAUCAAAUCGAAGCCGGGCAAAGUGAAGACGAACAGUCCAACAAAGGCGACAUCAUCGCCCAGAAAAUCGCCAAGAAAUCAGGCGGGAAACACUAGCGCAAAGGCCACAGAAGCCACUACAAAGCCAAUGAAAAGGAAAUUAAGAAAAAUCAAACGGAAAUCUAAGAAAUCCAAAAUCGAAAGUGAUUCGUCAUCCGACAGUGAUGUAGAUAUCAACGACAUUACACAAGACGACGAUGAUGAUAUUAGCGACGAGGAAUUACAUAUAGAUAUGUUCGAUAAACCCAAUGAUGUUGCAGAGACACGAGCUGAUACAGAAAUAGAUAAGUUACCAUCCCGUAUAACGACUGAAGUUGAUGGCAAAGUUUACGAUAUCGAAAUUAUCGAUCAACACGAUAAAAACAAUGAUCAAUCUGUUGUUGUUGGUGGGAGUGGUGUUAAAAUGACAGUUUUCAAAAAGCCUAAGGCGAAAGGUAGGAUGAGGAAGCCAACAAUGUCGUUGACAAGACUGGGCUUAAUGCCAGGGGAUGAAAAUAAUAAACACACAGAUAUAGGGGAUGAUGAUAAAGUUGAUAAAAGGGUGACACGGUCCUGUUCACAGUCACGGGAUCCGGAAUGAUUUAUUUCAGAGUUUAGUUUUCAAUCGGUAAUAAUAUUACUCGUCAUUUUUAGCAAUUAUAAAUAUUUAUUAAAACAGUAGGUAUUUGCAAAUUUUUUAGCUAAUCUUGUGAUUCUGAAAGAUACAAACUACUAGCAUUUUGCAUAAAAACAGUGCCAAAAUAUAAUAAUCUAAGUAUUUGUAACGUAGGUAGGUACUGUAACUUUCUCUCAUUCGUCUAUUAGUCGCUUCGCAUGACAUUUAAGGGUGGUUCUACUCUAAGGCGGGAACUACACACAAUAAAACGUAUUUGUACUUCAUUAUUGUAAGACGUAAGACUAUCAAUAAACAUUUAAGCAUAUAAA